ACUAAGCUGAAAUGCAGGUGUUCUUUCCAGCUCAGCAGAUGCUAAGGCGAUAAGCUGCACCUUGCAGAGGCUCUGGGCGAUUCAGACCCGGAGGAGCGCUCAGUCCAGGCCAGCUCUCUCCUCCCUGGCGGCUCUGGGAUGGAUGUGUGUCUGCGCUCAGGGCAGCAGCCCCAGUCCGUGGACGAGGCACCGAGACCCCCGGAUGAGGAGGGUCUACAGACAGACAGCAGCAGCGGACCCCCGGGAGAUUCUAACAAGAUAGAACCAUCGCUUCAAAGCCUCCAGAAAUUUGUUCCCAUGAAUUACGCCAGCUACACCCAGGAGUACUAUUGGUUUGCAGGCAAGAGGAUUGUCAUUCAAGAAUCGAUCGAGAGUUACGGAGCGGUGGUGUGGCCAGGGGCCAUGGCUUUGUGCCAGUAUUUGGAGGAACACGCAGAGGAACUCGGUCUCCAAGGAGCUAAGAUACUCGAAAUCGGUGCUGGACCAGGCCUCGUUUCCAUCGUGGCCAGUAUUCUAGGAGCUCAAGUCACAGCAACGGAUUUGCCUGACGUCCUAGGGAACCUUCAAUACAAUCUUUUAAGGAACACACGAAACCAUACAGCACAUCUGCCUGAAGUGAAAGAGCUGGUGUGGGGAGAGGGCCUGGAACAGAACUUCCCCAAGUCCACAUGUUACUAUGAUUACUUGCUGGCUUCUGACGUGGUCUACCACCAUUACUUCCUGGACAAGCUGCUUGCCACCAUGGCGUACCUCUGCCAGCCGGGAACGGUGUUGCUUUGGGCAAACAAGUUCAGAUUCAGCACCGAUUAUGAAUUUUUAGAUAAAUUCAAGCAGGUUUUUGACACAACACUCUUGGCUGAAUUUCAAGAGUCAUCAAUCAAACUUUUUAAAGGAGUGCUAAAAUGGGACUAAAUUAAACAAGAUACCUUUCGAAACAUGAGUGUGUCUUUUGAACAGUGUUAGAAAUUUUAUAAGAUUGCAAAGGUAGUGCACGGAAACAACUUGUAUAACUAGAAUAAACAUAAUAUUACAGCAACUCUCCAAAGCAAGCAGUUUAGGAUCAUCUGCUUCAUCUAAAUACACACAACCAACAUGAAAACAUGAAAGCAGCUCUGUUGGCUUCUGAGAGUCUCAAUUAAGUGUUAAAUAAAUUUUACACAAAUAAAUUAACAAACAAGUGGAUUUCCCCUCGUUAUUUCUGCUGGAA